AUGGCUCCUUCGAUUGAUGACACCGGUCUUCACGAUCAUUUCAACGAUUGGCCCAAUGAAAUUGGAUUUGAUGCCAACUAUGAGAAACGCACUCCAGUUGAAUUAGAUGUCACUGGCCAUUUCCCGCCCUACACCGCUGGUAUUCUCUAUCGCAUCGGACCAGGAAGAUCUUCCGUCGUCACUGAACAAGGAGACAUCUUCAGAGUAUCCCACUGGUUUGACGGAUUCAGUCAAACUCAUCGAUUCCAAAUAGUAGCUGAGGAUAGAUCAUCCAACUUAGUACGGGUGUUUUACAGCUCGCGCUAUUCCACAGACCAUCUGAUUGAGGAGGUUCGACGAACCGGAUCAAUGGAAAAGAUCAGCUUUGGACAAAACCAAGAUCCGUGCAGGGCUGUUUUCAAGAAAGCUCAAAGCACUUAUGAACCAAAUGACCCUUCGAUGCAAAAUAUCGGUGUGACGUUGUCUGUCAACAUGCCGGGCUUAGACGGACCAUAUCCUCCACCGAAUGGAGAGCUUCAAGGCCGUUGGACUGGCGCUUCGGACAUUAAAACAUUGUACGCAAAGACUGAUUCCACCAGGCUUAAGAAACUUGAUCCUGUCACUCUAGAGCCAAUUGGUCUUGCCACACAAAGCAGCCUGCAUCCUGAUCUGGGUGGGCUCUUCUCUGCGUCCCAUGCCCGGUCCGACCCGGCGACGGGGGAUAUGUUCAACUUCAAUCUUACAUUUGGCCGAGAAUCGAUUUAUCGCAUUUUCCGAGUCUCUGCCUCCACGGGAAAGACUACAAUUCUUGCAACUUUCCCUGGAGUUCCUGCCUACAUUCACUCUCUCCUGAUAACCAAAAACUACGUUCUAUUUUGCGUAUGGAACUCGCACGUCUCCCCGGCGAAACUCCAAAAAAGCUUUACGGAAGCAAUUCAGCCAUACGAUACAUCGAAGCCGGCAACAUGGUACGUGGUGGAUCGCCGAGGAGAUAAAGGCCUUGUCGCAACUUACGAGAGUUGUGCUUUCUUCUGCUUUCACACUGUCAAUGCCUGGGAGGAACCGUCUUCGGCCGAUCCUACCAGGCUCGAUAUUGUAGCGGAUCUUAUCGCGUACGAUAACCUGAAUUUCAUACAUCAGGGUCUCUACGAACAGCUCAUAUCAUCAUCUCCCAAGGCAAAAGAACGCAUCCUUUCGAUGCAAGAUAAUCGUGGAACAAUAACCCGAUUUCGUCUGCCAGCGAUCCUGUCAACCCCCUGUACGGAGAUACAAUCGGCAACCGUUGUAUGGAACGCAUGCAAGGAACUAUCUCCCGAUCUACCGACCAUAAAUCCUGGCUAUGUCACUCGAAAGUACCGCUACUCAUAUACGAUUUCCAAUCGUGGCAAAUCAAGCUUUUUCGACGGAAUCGUGAAGUUCGACGCCGAAACGAAAGAAACUCGCCUGUGGAGCUUUCAUGCGCACUCUCCGGGGGAACCCAUCUUUGUCGCUGACCCGAGUGGUUCAAAUGAAGACGACGGCGUGGUUUUGAGUGUAGUGCUCAAUGGGAGAACCGGCAGGAGCUACCUUCUGUGUCUGGAUGCUCAUGACCUGACAGAGAAGGGUAGAGCUGAUGUUAAUGGACCGGUGGCAUUCGGGUUCCAUGGCCAGCACAUUCCAACCCAUGGAAUGCCAACGGGCGAUUACUGA